UUUAAAAAAAAAAGUGCAUGCGGAAUGCAAGAACGCUUCCUGUGCGAGAGCGUGAAGCUCAGCUUUCUGCUUCUUUUCCGCUGUGCUGCUGCUGCUGCUGCAUCCAGCUGUUUUUAAACGCAAAAAAGAACGUAGAACGCCUUCUGUGCGUGUGUGAACGGCCCAAAAAUUACAGGCUUAGGACCACGCCUGUCCUAGAAGGAGGAGUGGGUUAAGGCGUUAGUGUAGAAAAUUUUCACUGUCGCACUUUACAGCUGCAAAGGAGCACAGGGCAAAAAAAAGUUUGAAAAUGUCCGGCGUGGCAUCCACACUCGCCAGGAAGAGAGCCGAGGCGGCUGGCUUUGGGACGAACGCCAAUGCGGUGAAGUACCUGAACCAGAACUUUGAGAGUCUGAGAAGCGAGUGUCUGAGCCGCGGACAGCUGUUCUGCGAUCCAACCUUCCUAGCCGCUCCCGAGUCUCUGGGCUUCAACGAACUCGGUCCACGAUCGUCAAAAACCAGAGGUGUCGUGUGGAAAAGACCUGGGGAACUGACCUCCAGUCCGGAGUUUAUUGUUGGAGGGGCUACAAGAACAGAUAUUUGCCAAGGAGGUUUAGGUGAUUGCUGGCUCCUAGCGGCCAUUGCUUCCCUAACCCUCAAUGAAGACGUUUUGGCUCGUGUCGUUCCAUCCAACCAGGGCUUCGGGCAGGACUAUGCUGGAAUUUUCCACUUUCAGUUGUGGCAAUAUGGGGAAUGGGUGGAUGUGGUGGUGGAUGAUCGAUUGCCCACUCGAGAUGGAGAACUGCUGUUUGUUCAUUCAGCCACAGGCUCAGAGUUCUGGAGCGCCCUGCUGGAGAAGGCCUAUGCUAAAGUGAAUGGAUGUUAUGAAGCUCUGUCUGGAGGUUCCACCACAGAAGGUUUUGAGGAUUUCACCGGUGGGAUUGCAGAAAAUUACGAGUUGAAACAAGCCCCGUCCAACAUGUUCCAAAUCAUCAGGAAGGCCCUGGAAUCUGGAGCUCUGUUGGGAUGCUCCAUAGAUAUCACCAGUGCAGCAGACUCAGAGGCCAUCACUAAUCAAAAGCUUGUGAAAGGACACGCCUACUCUCUUACUGGAGCAAUUGAGGUUAAUUACCGAGGCCGAAAGGAGAAGCUGGUCAGAGUUCGUAAUCCUUGGGGUCAGGUGGAAUGGACGGGGGCCUGGAGUGACAACUCUUCUGAAUGGAAUGCCGUCGAUCCGUCUGAACGUGACAAUGUGAAGUCAGAAGAUGGAGAGUUCUGGAUGUCAUUCUCAGAUUUUGUGAGGCAUUAUUCCCGCAUAGAGAUCUGCACUCUGACCCCAGAUACGCUGACAUCUGAAUCUGUCAAACAUUGGAGUGCGUGUAAAUUCGAUGGCACCUGGAGACGAGGCUCUACGGCUGGUGGAUGCAGGAACCAUCCAUACACCUUCUGGAUGAAUCCUCAGUUUAAGAUCAAAGUAGAGGAGGAAGAUGAUGAUCCUGAUGAUAAUGAAGUGGGAUGCAGUUUAGUGAUUGGCUUGAUUCAGAAGAACCGGCGUAAGUUGAAGAAAUCUGGAGAGGACAUGCACACCAUUGGCUAUGCCAUCUAUGAGGUGCCUCCGCAGUUCCACGGGCAAAAGGACGUUCAUCUGGAUAAGAAUUAUUUCCUGUCCCACGCUCAAAAAGCUCGAUCUGAGACCUUCAUCAACCUCAGAGAAGUCAGCACCCGCUUCAAACUUCCUCCUGGAGAAUAUCUCAUUGUCCCAUCCACAUUCGAACCGCACAAGAAUGGAGACUUCUGUGUGCGUGUGUUCUCCGAGAAACAGUCUGAGAUGCAACAAUGUGAUGACCCGAUAGAGGCAAACAUAGAAGAUGAGGCUGUGUCUGAAGAUGAGGUUGAUGCUGGCUUUAGGGGACUGUUCACUAAACUUGCUGGAGAUGACAUGGAGAUCUCUGCCACUGAGCUGAGAACAAUUUUCAACAAAAUAGUCUCAAAAAGAACGGAUAUUAAGACAGAUGGUUUCAGUUUGGAAACAUGUAGGGUCAUGCUGAACCUCAUGGACGAAAGUGGCAAUGGUAAACUAGGGUUAGCUGAGUUUGCCACUCUUUGGAAGAAAAUUCAAAAGUAUCUGAUCAUUUAUAAGAAGAAUGACAUGGAUGGGUCCGGCUGUAUGAGUACACCAGAGAUGCGAAUGGCUUUAAAGGAAACCGGAUUCUCUCUGAAUGACUGCAUUCAUCAGAAUCUGGCUGCACGCUAUGGAGACGCGGACAUGAAGAUCGACUUUGAUAACUUUGUGUCCUGUGUGAUGCGCCUGGAGAUGAUGUUCAAAGUGUUCAAAAGGAUUGACAUAGACAACAGUGGGUUCAUUGAGUUGGACUUCUUCCAGUGGCUGACGAUUGCUAUGAUUUAAAGGCCCAGAGGAUUAUUAUUAAUAGUAUUUUUAUUGUGCUAGUUAACUUACACAGAAGACCAUCAUAUACCUAAAUGCUUAAUUGGUUUAGUGGACCUUGUGGAAUUUGUAAAUGUGUCCAUUGUACUUUGCUAUAGAGAUACAAGCAUAGUUGCCUGUUGUUUUUUUCGUAAUGCACUUUCAUCUUACUGCGGUGCUUGCAAGGCAUCAUCGUUUUGAUUUUUUUGCUGCUCCAAAUUGUGUGGCUUGUUGAUGACAAUUGUGCAAUUACUUUAAAUUAUCAGAUGUAUGAUUUUCACCUGGUCAUAUAGACUUAAAGAGCAAUCAAAGUUAUACAUCCACUUUUUCCUCAUCCGCAUCCAUCUAUUUUAAGCUGGACAAAACAGCUUUUGCUGGUGUGUCUUACCAUAUUAUUUAAUGUAUUAUCUUAAAUCUGAACACACUGGUUUGUAUUGCAAACAGUUUUACCGUUUAAUGCACGUUGUUCUUCUUGUUAUUUCCCAAGUGCAUAAUGAACCGGAAGUCUUGCCCAUAGGUUUACUUCCACAUUGAAGAAUAAGGUGGAUAGGGAUCAGAUUAUCAUAUCAAACUUGAAAGUGAACACUUUUUUAGAAAGUAAGCAACCACAUAGCAAUGCUCUGGCAAUGAAUCUAGCAUCUUGGUUUUGUGAGCAAGCAAUUAGUAAAACCAACAGCACCAGUAAAAUUACAGACCUGAUGAGAUCGCUUGACAAAGUAGGAUUUUCUACUUCCAUGUAGAUGUGUUUCCUAUUGAAGUUUGAAUAGGAUAUAUCAGGAAUUGUCUUUAAAAAAAGCCAUAUUAUAACAGCAAAGAAGUAUGAUUUGCUGUUGCUAAUCAGUGCAGGUGGAGUUAAAAGCCACAAAACUGUCAUUUUGCUUCAGUGCACAGACUACAUUCAAACUUUUUGUCAAUCUAUUUGUUGUUGUUUUUUGGUGAACUUUAUACUUUUUUAAUGAAAUGUAAUAUUCAAGCCUAAAACCAAGUUUACUUUUCUCUGCUGCCUUGCAAGCACUGGUAUUUUUGUGGACCAUUUGAAAUGUAUAAAUGCAUAAAAUAUACAGCCUUGUUGCUCUAGAGAAAAAUAAAAUCCUUUAUUUGUAACAUUA